GUGGCAGCGUUGGCAUCGUUCAGAGAAACCCUGCGCUGGGAAAUGAGCUGCGGUGGCUGCCUGUGCGCACUCCUCCACUCGGAUCCCUCUGCGCCGUCACCCAGCCGGUGAACCCGAGAGAAAGGCGUGUGUCACAGUGGAUAUAUGAGAGAGGGGAUCGGCGCGUAAUCCCGGAGAAGACCCAGUUCUCUCGGAGGAGGGGGUUGAGUAACGACAAGAGAAGAAGGUCCUGUCCAGUGCACUCAUCCGGACCGGGAAAGAGACGGGACCUCUGCGCUGUGAGGAGUCCUCUCUCCGGUCGGUGCCGCGCAGCAGUGCGCAGCAGAAGAGCAGCCACAGACCCGACUGACGCGCUGAAGGGACAGAGAGGAGGAAGGUGGUGGAUAUUUUACGCACAAACGCCUGACACCGCGAGUCUGCUACUCCUGCUGUAGGACCCCCUCAACACGGUCGGAUUUGCACUUGACUGGGUCCCCACGUUGGAGGAUGGAUUCAUUCAUCAUAGCGGCUCUGGCACUGUGCUCGCUGACGGCACCAGCCCUUGGAGACAAAGGCACCAGCAAAGCCCGGAGUUGUUCGGAUAUCAGGCAGUUUUACAGCGGGAAGGGUUUCCAUCUCGAUGGAGUCCCUCAGUCUGAAAUAUCAGGGGAGCACCUGCGCGUCUGUCCCCAGGGCUACACCUGCUGCACCAGUGAAAUGGAGGACAACCUGAUCACGCUGAGCCGCCACGAGAUGGAGAGACUUCUCAGAGAGGCCGGACGAUCCUUACAGACCUCCCUCACUGGACAGCACAAGGCCUUCGAUGGUUACUUCAUGGAGUUGCUGAACCGCUCUGCACUUGCUCUAGAUGAGACCUUCACCGCGACGUACGGUUUACUGUACAUUCAGAUCUCCCAGGUCUUCUCUGACCUGUACACGGAGCUGAGGCAAUACUAUCGAGGCAACAACGUCAACCUGGAGGAAGUGAUCAACGAGUUCUGGGCCAGGCUGAUGGAGAAGCUCUUCCAGCAGGCAAACAAGCAAUAUGUCAUAGGCGAGGACUACCUGGAGUGUGUAUCCAAGCAGAUGGAGACUCUGCGGCCCUUUGGAGACACCCCCCGGGUCAUGAAGACAACGCUCACAAGCACACUUGUGGCUGCGCGUUUCUUUGUUCAGGGACUGCAGGUCAGCGGGGACGUGGUGCGCAAGGUGUCCCAGCCGCAGUUGAUCCCGGAGUGCUGGCGGGCCCUGAUGAGGAUGACUUACUGUCCCCACUGCCGCGGCAUGGCCUCCGCCAGACCUUGUCCCAACUACUGCAGCAACGUCAUGAAGGGUUGUCUGGCCAACCAGGCUGACCUCAACACUGAGUGGAGGCAUCUGGCAGAAACCAUGAUGCAGGUGGCCGAUCGCCUUGAUGGUCCAUCUGGCGUGGACACCGUGCUCCUCUCCCUUCCCUCUCGCAUAUCAGAAGCCAUGCUUAAUAUGCAGGACAACUUGAUGACCAUCAACAGCAGGUUGAUCCAGACUUGUGGAAACCUCAGAGAGGGCGGAACCAGCAGCACGGGAGUCGAUGAGGCCACGAAGAGAGGGAGGGUCCCAGCAGUGGACCAGAUGGAAACCAGCUCCAGCAAAAUGGACAAACUGGUGUCUGACGUGACUGUGAGACUGAGGGACCUGCAGUCGUACUGGGUGUCCCUUCCAGCUCUGCUCUGCAGCGACAGAGUGGCCACUGGAACAGGGGCCGAGGAGAAGUGCUGGAACGGCAUGAGCCGCGCCAGGUACCUCCCCGAGGUGAUGGGCGAUGGCCUUGCCAGUCAGAUCAACAACCCAGAAGUGGAAAUCGACAUCACCAAGCCAGACAUGACAAUUCGUCAGCAGAUCAUGCAGCUGAAGAUCAUGACUCACCGCCUGAAGAACGCUCUCAACGGCCAGGAUGUGGACUUUCAGGACACCAGUGACGACGUCAGCGGUUCAGGAAGCGGCAUGUGCACCGAGGAAACGUGCUCCAGGGGCCCGCGUCUGAUCGAGCCGGUCACCGAGCGGCCCAUUCGCUACCGCAACCCUCCGGAAAACGAGAAGGUGAAGUCUUCGGCCAAUCACAACCUCCCCUGCGUCGCCACCUACCUGACUCCACUGCUCCUUUUGCUGCUGCGGCGAUAAUUGAGGGGGAAUCCACCGACUGGGACUGAGUAUGGGACACAGGGUUGGGGGAGGCUGAAUGGGGAGGGAGGAGGAGUUGGGGGUUAGUUACGUUGCCAAAACUAGGUAAAUACAUGAAAACAACAACAACGACAACAACCACAAAAAAAUCACUUGGAUGGACAUUCUUUUGGUUCUGGAUUAGAAAUAAGUGGAAGUGGGAGUAUUCAUAAAUGUUUUGAUCCGGCUCUCGUCUUUUAGUUCUCGCUAUAUUAUGACGCCAUUAGAGCUGGUCUUUUUGCAUCUUCUGUUUUGUUUCUGGUGUUUGGGUUCUCUGAGAUUCUAUCUGUACCUAAGACAUGUGUAAAAAAACCAUAUUGCUAACGGUAUGUUGGUGUUGACGCCACGGGGAGAGGGAGAACGGGGCUUUGCAGUGGCGCUCCGAUCCAUAUAAUAGUCUCUCCACUCCCUUUAAAACAGCACUUGUGCUCGGUAUAAUUCUUUAUUUAUAAAUCAAUCACAAUAAAAAAAAGCCUUCGGUGAUUUAAUGAUUGCAACGUAUUUCAAGGAAGAAAAGAACACAAACCUGGAUGAAAUUAAAUAUUUGUGACUUUCACAGGAGGAUAAUCUGAACGCGUUAAGCCUGCGAACAUCUCGCUGCGAGGAUGAGAGCGCCCUAUUGCAUCAGCACUUUCUGCCAUUUAAGCUGUAAUAAUAGCCGCGAUCACACUCACACUGACAUGAUCGUCUAAUCUAGGGGGUAACGUGACCCCCCCCCCCCCCCCAUCCACCACUCCAUCCAUCCACUCAUCCCUGCGCCGCUCGCCCUCCCCCGCAGUGGCAGAUCUCUCUCUCUCGAAAAAAAAAGGAAAAACCCCUGCUGGCAGUGUAGGAUCAACUCGAGAGUCGGGUGCAAGCGAAACGCGUGCUCGGCCGCGCCAGGUCUCAGACGACAGCGGCUUCCCACUAUAGAGCGCGGCGCUGCGUGUGCGGAGGGGGCGGGCGUCGUCAGCUGGUGAUUUGGGGAAACCGUGUAGCAUAAACAGAAAUACACAGAAGCAGAAACGCUGCUGUCAUGUAGCGCUUCUUCUUUUUUUUUGUCCUUCCAGUAUUCCUUUAACGUGCACGGCAGAGCAAAAACAAAUAUACAAUAUGCAUCAUUUUGUGUGCUCCCUGCGUUUAGCCUCUUCACUGCACCCAGCAGGGACGUAAGUGGGUUUUGUGAGGCAAACUUCUAUAGCAAUCGCAGCAGUGUACAUAAUUUGAUUGCUUCUUUGUGGUUUUUCUAGAGAAAAUAGCCAAGUAGGUAUCGAAAUGUUAUAAACGGCCAGAUCAUUGUAAGCCACGGCUCUUAUUUCUUUCAUCACCUGUCACAUUUCGUGUCUGCCUUCUACUUUCUGCAACUUUUUUUGUUGUUAUUAUCAGUGCCUCUUUCUUCCCGCCUCCCUCCUCACCCCCGCCCCCCCCCCCCCCCCCCCCCCGCCCUCCUCCCCCGCUCGUCAGCUAUUAUGACCUUUUAAAGCUUUUGAUCGUGCUUCGACGUGACGGCGAGGCAAUACGACAACGACACAGUGCUUCGUUACGUGUCAACCUUAGUGGGAAUGUUGUGGGGAACACAGUGUGUGGGUAAUAUUAGGGUUUUUCCCUGAUGAGAGGCUCGCUGGGUUAGGAGACGCGUAACCACGUUUUUUAAUUCAAAGAAAUGUCAACGCCCUCAUUUAAGAAUACUGUGUUCAGGAUGAUGGGACUAUGCUUGCAUAUGUGUGUGUGUGUGUGUGUGUGUGUGUGUGUGUGUGUACAUGUGUGUGUGUGUGUUGUGUGUGCUUGUCUUUGAUUGAUGGGGCAGAAGAGGUGGCCGACAAUAUGAGCGUUUAUACAUGUAGUUUGGAUGCCACAGAAAUGAAAUGUAUGAAAAAUGUAUUGGGCCCCCAUUGUAUUCUAGAGUGCUAUUCAACUCACAGCAACUGGAGAUUAAUAUAUCUCAUUUUACUAUAAUGAUAUUUCCAACCUACUACUUUAAUAACUCCCAAUCCGUAUGGAUCAUAUCUGGACUUGUCGGUAUUGUUAUAUGACAGAGAAAUGAAACGGGGGGUAUAUACAUAUGGAAAAACUCCUUUUAAUUCAUUAAAUCAUAACUUCUUCAGUUGGUGAGAAAAACCUUUAAGAGCUCAACAGUUGAUAAAACUGCAGAUCCAGGUUGAGGCUCUGUCGAAGGGUGAGGUGCACGUCUGUGGGAUUCUCGGUUUAACUACUGCUCUGGAAACAGGAGAGGUUGUUUUCACAUUUGUGAGCUGACGGUAUGUGUUGAUGAUCUGUUUUUCAAACGCUUUAUUAAUGACUGCUUUGUUGCUCUGCGCGGGUGUAUGUUUGUGUGUAUUUGUGUGUGUGUGUGUGUUAGUCCCUGGUUAAGAAAUCUGCCUGUGACUGCCUUUGACACUUUGUAUAAGGUUGGGGUCAAAUUUGAGAUGGAAAGAGACAAGAUGUAAGGACAUGAGAUGCAAAUGUUAAACAAAGAUCGAUAAGCGAGAGAGCGUCACACGGGUCGGCUCUGUUGUUGUGAACCCCUCUAUAAAAAAUCAGAGUAUGAAUGUGAACGCACACGACACGCCCUGUGAAGAAUGAGAAAUUACUCCGACAGCGAUGGCGACAUUCCAAUUCAACGACGACUUACGACUCGGACUUCAGUCUUUAAUGAGUCCCUCACGAUGUCAUCGGCUGAAAUUUGCACAACCCCCCCCCCCCCCCGCCACCGCCACGGCCACCAGCCCACACCCCUCCUCUAUUCCAUCACCUUUUUGAUCUCAUUAAUUUGUUGCUCAAAGUCCCCCCUCCCUUUUAUAAAAACCAGCACUUUUAUGAGGCCAAUAAAUGGCGUUGUCAGCACAAAGACAUCACAGGAUGGUCGAUCGAUACGUGAGUCAACACCUUCCACGGAUGACUAUUGAUCGGGGAUGUGUGUAUGCAGAUAGAUGUGGCCCAGCAAGACGUCUCCUCUCCAACUCUGCGGGAACAGUGUUAGAGCCCCUACGGGUGAGAGGAUGCAGGAGGAGUCUGUCCAGAGCGCUGAUCUCACAUCAGUGGCAGUGCGCCUCCAUCCUGACCUCAUUCAUUACCGUGGGUGGCAAAAAAAAAAAGGCAAAGCUGAUUAUCCGACCAUUUAAAACAGCUUUACGCUACGCUGCGUCGAGCACACGAGGUUUUUCUGAAAGGUGCCAAUUUAUUAAGAAAGAAAUUUUAAAUUUGUUUUCAUGUUUUUAUUUACUUUGUUAUCAGAAAUCUAUGGAGAGUUUGUGCUUACGGUGAAAGUAGAUGCCAGAAAGAGGAUGAAAAAUAGAAAUGUCUCAUUUGCUGUUGUACCUGAAAUCUUGUGUCAAUUAUAUACAUUGUAAGAUUUUCAA